ACGACGUUUUCCAUCCAGACUAGAGGAGAAAAAAAACAGCGGAAAGAGAACAACCACCGGACGGAGGUUCGACUGGGAAAAAGGGAGAGCUCCGCUGCUUCUGUCGGAUUAAAAUACAUAUUUGACGAGGAGAUAACAGCGGUAUUCGCCGGGGCUUCUUUUACGGGGAAAAAAAGAAAAAAUUCUCCAGCUCCACUUUGAUGUUUGGAAAUCUCCCACUGGCUCCGUUUCAAGAACUCUCCGACAUGGAAAGGCUGAUCCCUGACUGACUGAUGAUGAUGAAGCUCUCCUGAAUCUCCCCACUGACGACCCCGACCCGACCCCCCCCCUGCCCCCUCCAUCCUCCUCACUGUCCUCAACCACAUCCCUACCUGCAUCAUGAACCACACUCCUAGCCCCCACCUGUCCGAAGGCGGCAAGUCGGCCGGAGGUGGCCUGCUGUGCAGCCUGGGUCUGGGGUCCGACAGGGGGAUCCGCUCCCCGGACAGCCUCACCCACACCCCCAGCCCCACCGGAGGAACCCCGAGCUCCAGCCCCCCGCUGCUGCUGUCACCAGGGCUGGGAGGCCUCGGACUGGGAUCCCUAGGGGCGAUGGGCGACGGAGCCGGGGCUGACUGGGAGAGCAGGGAGGAGCUAAGGCUCAGGGAGCUGGAGGAGGCUCGGGCCAGAGCGGCCCAGAUGGAGAAGACUAUGAGGUGGUGGUCGGACUGCACCGCCAACUGGAGAGAGAAGUGGAGCAAGGUUCGUGCGGAGCGUAACCGUGCACGUGACGAAGUUCGUCAGCUGAGACAGCGGCUGGAUACCCUCACCAAGGAGCUGACCAGUGUUCGGCGGGAACGGCAGGAACUGGCCUCAGAGAACGAGACCCUACGGCAGGAGACACUGCGCCUCCGUGGUGACCACACGGCCCCCCCUACGUCUGCCACCUCUCCAUCUUCCUCCCCCGCACACCCUCGUGGGGCUUCCUCCUCCUCCUCUCCAUCCAUCCAUCCCUCCUCCCCUGCCUCAUUAUCCUCCUCUCAGGUCCAUACUGAUGGCAAACUGGACAGGGUUGGGGAGGGCCCACCGGGGUCUCCGGAGCCAGAACCAGUGAGGGACGUGGACUUGGACGGACAAAAGAUGGCUCAGCAAAAGGACUUGGAGGUGCUGGAGUCGGUCCUUCGUUCCAGAGCCCCUGAAGGCGACCCAGAGGACUGGGAAAGUCGUGGCAGUGGCAACCUGGCCAACUCACGCUCAUCCUCCGGUCUGAGCAGGCAGGAACGCAGCCGGCAGCUGUGGGAGGACAUUAGCACGGUGGAGGAGGACUCCAGCAAACUCAACGCCCUGCAGCUUCGCCUGGAUGAGUCCCAGAAAGUCCUGCUGAAAGAGAGAGAAGACAAGCUUGCACUAAGUAAGAGCAUUGAGAGGCUGGAGGCUGAACUCAGUCAGUGGAAACUUAAAUAUGAGGAGCUCAGCAAGAGCAAACAGGAGGCCCUCAAACAGGUGAACCUGCUGAAGGAAAUGCACCAGGAUGAACUUGGCCGCAUAUCUGAAGACCUGGAGGACGAACUUGGAGCCCGAACCAGUAUGGACAAGAAACUAGCUGAACUACGAGCUGAGAUGGAGAGGCUGCAGGUGGAGAAUGCUGCAGAGUGGGGGCGCAGGGAGCGCCUAGAGACAGAGAAACUUGCCCUGGAGAGGGACAAUAAGAAGCUGAGGGCUCAGGCUGAAGACCUGGAGGAGCAACUGGCCAAGAAACGCCGACAGGCCGCCUCCGCACUCGACACCGACCUCAAGGCCAUCCAGAGCGAGCUGUUUGAGAGGAACAAGGAGCUGGCUGACCUUCGCCAUGUUCACUCUAAACUGAAGAAGCAGUUCCAGGAGAAGACAGCAGAGCUUGCCCACGCCAACCGGAGGGUGGAGAGCCAUGAGGCAGAAGUCAAAAAGCUACGCCUGAGGGUGGAGGAGCUUAAGAAAGAGCUGGGACAGGCAGAGGACGAGUUGGAUGAGUCUCAUAACCAGACCAGGAAGCUGCAGAGGUCUCUGGAUGAGCAGGUGGAGCAGACUGAGAAUCUGCAAGUACAACUGGAACACUUACAGUCAAGACUGCGGCGGCAGCAGCAGAAUCCUGGUCUCUUUGGGAAGAUGCGGUCAGCUCGGUUCAGUCCUGAAAACCCAGACGGUCCUACCAGCGACAUGGAUGAGGAGGACGAGGAACUGCAGCUCCAGAUCCCAUGACACACACACACACAUACACACACAUAGUGAUACAGGAUACACUUUUAAACAUCAGGUCACUCUGACAUUUUAGCAAAUAUUUUAGUCUGAUCAGAAGUUUAAUGUCACAUUUUGACUUUUAUCUCUUUGUUGGGGUGCAAAUUUUAGGCAUUUUCCUCUACUGAUUGUCGGCCAUGUUAAUGAUCAAUAUUCAAGUUAUCAUUCAAAACGAAUGGAUUCUUUCUUUUUCAGGAGACAUGAAAGAGUUGAUGAUACAAAGUCUGAUCACCUAAUCCUCACACAGAACACACACACACAAUCUCAUACACACUAAGACUCACACAUGCUUGGACUUAUGCUUGUAUGCUUGGACAUACUUAAACACAGCCAGUGUGACAGACAUUAACAGGAUGUCCCACCAUCUUUCUUCAGCUUCCACCAAUCCACUCUAGCAGAGGCCGACACACAUCAUCCUUUCCAUGCACUCGUUCAUUCUUACCUCAUAUCAUCACAAGCAUUGCCGCUGUCCCAUCUGAACUGUGCUACUGUAUUCAGACAAGCCUCAUCUACAUCAGCAGUAUAAAGAUGCAGCAGUAUUCAUGCCUUCUGAGCAUGAAAGUUCUUUUUGAUUUAUUAAGGGGAUAUCAGUCAUUGUAGGAAUUAAAAUAGUCUGCCACAUUGUAAUCAGUAUUUGUAAAGAGAGCAUUUUCUGUGAAAUAUCGAGGAUUCGCAGUCUAUUUCUGAUGUGUUUAAAGAUCGCAACCAAUGCUAGGAGCACACUGCACAACUUUAGCCUCGUUAUAGCUGCAGGUUGGAUUGAAUUAGAAGCACAGUAUGUGUGAAGCAGGAGCUUCCUGCCUUUACAGAUUUGUCACUCCCCUACCAGUCUCCGCUCAAGCUGUGAGAAAACUCUCCCCGCUUUGCCUCAUAGAAAAUGUGAUUGAUGUUGUCCUUCGGUUGCAUUAUGGGUCAUUAGCAUUAGGGCUGUGUUUAGUUGCAAGCUAAAGAUUUGGCAAGAGAGAAGAGUACAAAAAGAACAGAACAAGAAUUCUGCACCUGAACUCGCUUCUUACAUGUGCCUUUCAGACCUGAGUAGGCCGAAUACCCCUGGCACUUACACUCAAACCCAAGACUAAGGCUUUUUUUUUUAUUUCUUCUUAAAAGACAAAGUUACAUGCUUGGUAUGAAAAAGCUUUUCACACGCAUAAAAUAUAACUAAUCUGACUACAAUAAUGGACUCAAUAGGGCUGUGACAAAAUGUAACUUUUUUAACAUUUGACUUGCACAGCAUUCAAAUGUCAACGUUAUGAAUGAAGCUUUGAAGGUUUGAACAAUUCAUGACAGCCUAUAACACAGAAUAUGGCCCCACAGCAACAAACAUAAAGAACUUGUAUCACAUCUCAUAUAAGUCUGUUAAGUCUAAUCAUUUCAUAAUGCAGUGUGUUCCCAGUAUGACUGGAGCUGCUCCCUGACAAUAAACAAAUGUCACUCUUAGACAAUGUGUACAUAAACAUGAGCUAAGUAAGAGAAUGUACAACAUCCUUGAGGGUAGCAGUAAAACCCCUUCUUUAUUGUUUCUGUGAAAGGUUGUAUGUUCCUGUCAAUGUCCACUAAGAGACCGGUCACAUUAUCUUUUAAAACUGAUACGUUUCAUGAAAAAGUUCAUCCAUUUCAGUGGACUCUUCCCAAUCAGUGGAUUUGCUCUGGGCGGCAAAGUCAUUCUGAGGGAAUUUUAUAUGGUUGACUAUGGUGGAUUCACUUUGACUCGCGCUCUUGACCGGCAGCAAAUCGCCUUGAUAGUGCUGACCUGUGAAGGAACUGACAGACCGCAAAAUCCAAAAUGGCAGAAGCUAUUGCAGCCUAUUAGCUCUCAAUAGUCACUUUUAUUUACCCUUCUUCUAUAGGAGUAUAAACUGCAGCUGUGUUUCCAUCAAUAUAUUUUGAUACACAUUUUUAAGCUUGCUUGAGGUGUUUUUUUCCUUUGUGAAAAGGAGUUAAUGAGCUAAAUCGGAGAUACUUUUUUCAGAUAAGUCACUCCUCCUCAUAAGGCACUCCUCAUCACUCCCAUUCACCAUCUGAGCUUCCACUGACUCUCUCACAUCAAUCUGGUGCACCCUCUUCUUCUGGUUCUCCGACUAGAGAAUUGGCAACUCCUAUUCAGUCGCUCCAGGAAGUUGCAAUAUUGCGAUCGCAACAAUUAAUGCAAAUUCAACCACUGCCUGUUAAUGCUGCGCAACCUUGCGAUCACUGUAACUUUUCUGCAAAUUUGAUCAAUCACUGUACUUUCCCACGGAUUUAAAAAAUCAUUGCCAUCCCCUGCGCAAAAUGUGGAGCCAUAUAACACCAUUCACCUAUCAGCAAUUUUAUUCUCAUGGAACAAGUUUCAAUUUUAAUAAAUUAUUUUAAAAAAUCACAACAAUGUUUUCUGCUAUUUCACUUUUUUUUCUGGUAAUUUCACUGCAAGAAAAGUCAGCAAAAUCCUGAAUGCCUAUCAUUGGCCUGAUUUACUUGAAAUUCAAUUCAAAUUUGCGAUACAUUUGUCGGAAACACAACUAGUGUUACCUUAUUGUCCCAUAAACUGAGCUGUCGAGGCUGUAAAAUGCUCCCAGAUGUGUUAGUGCCAGAUGCAGUUGUUCACCAGUAGUCUCUACACCACCAAGCCUCUAACGCUGUCUAUUUUGGAAAGAUGGAUUUUGCUGUAUCUCUUAUAUUGUGACCGGACCUUAAUACAGAUUGAAUAUUUAUUUUCAGUCUGUGUAGUCGAGGCACAAUAGUGUUGACAUGGAAGCUUCCUUUUCAACAGUACAGAACUACCGACGCACAGCGUGGAACCAAAGCAAACAGCAAAGGCUAGGAAUACAUUCAAUGUUUUGUUGUUGUUCUGUCCUCAGUUUGGUGAUUUUAGUGCAUUGUUUAUGCUGCUGAUCAGUAUUUUUAAAUAUUGUAAUUUUCCUGAAAAAAAUCCCACAAAUCCCAAGCUUUUAUGUCCAGCAAUUCCCUCAGCACUGUAUUCAGUCAGGGUGGAAAUGCCUCCAGAGCAGCAUUUAAAACAUCAUGGAAUAUUGACACACCCCGGCCAGUAAAAUUCCUGUAGGCUCAAAAGAGCGUAUUCAACAGCACGGGGGAGUUGUGGACACACUGGGUGUCUGGUUGACUAAAGAGUUAAUUUAUUUGUACAAAGCUUGGCUGGGCUAAAUCUCCUGCCUCUGAAAGAGCUCCAGUCUAGCAGUGGAUACAUGCAGUUGUUAAAGCAAUAAAACAUUCAUUUAUCUUCCACCACCAUCCAUACUCACUCUCUGCCUCGGCCUCAACUCUGACGCUGGAAGGGGACCAAGAUAUUUUUACUGAUCAGGAUUCUGAACUAUUUAUGUUGUUGUUGUUGUUGUUGUUACGGUUUACUUUUUAUAAAUGAUCUGUACCACAGUGGUUUUGUAUUAGCUCUAUAAAUGUCAACUGUACAUAUAAAGAAACAUGAGUCACAA